AUGAAGUUCUACUUCGUAAAUCGUACUUCUCCCGGGAAGGAUCCAGUCGCAAUUUCUGCCGAUGCGGUGCUUGAUGCGCAGGAAUCCACCCGUCGCCGGCAGGCACGCCGGAUAUCACUGGGAUCACCCUUGCGGCGAUCUUGGCAUAGAAAAAAAAAAGCAGGGCUGAGGCGGGAACCCCUCCAAAUCUCAAUCUACUUCGAGGACUAGCUUCGAUGAGGACGAGGAUGCGUAUGAAGUUAUAACAGCAGGAAUCUUUGUAAUAUACUAGCUACGGAUUGGCAAAAUUCUGUAUCUUCUUUAUCGGACGACCUCUUCGCAUGUUGUACCAUCAUACUAGUUUGUCUUUGUACUUACCAGAAAUCUACUUCAUUUGACAACGCUGACAAACAAAACGACGCUAAGCAAUGGAAGAAAAAAGAAGAUAACACUGGGAUCACCCUUCUGGCGAUCUGGAUCACCCUUCUGGCGAUGUAGUCCUAUGGAAUGAUCUUCGCGGUUGAUAGCCUUGUUAAUUUUUUAAUCUCCUGGUUGGUUAGGCCCUUCUCC